AGACUCUCCUUCAGCCUAGCUCACUGCUGGAGAGGUUGAUUUACUGACACGUUUUCUUGUCACGAAAGAAGGAAAAAUAUAGUGCCGUCCUGGUUAAACAAGCACUGCAGUGGUUUAUAAAGCUUAAUAACGUGCCGGUUCGUGGCAGCUUGUGUAAGUGAUCCGGUAAUGCGCAUCUGAUUUGCGUCUUGCUUUGUAUGUGCGUCAUCAUGGCAGCCAUACUUAGCAUUGUUCUGAUGCGAAACCUUUACUUUGCUACUACGGUUCAGACGUUAAUAUAGAGAUACUGGGAAAUGAUUUUUGGGUCUGGUUUGUGGGCUUCCUGUUGUGUUUUCACAUCUGUUUGCAGUUGAACUAUUUUAGUUUAAUGUCCUGUAACAGUGUACUGUGUAAGCUAUCGUUUGGCUAACGGCUAAUUCUUUGUCCGCAUGAAACAAUAUGGCUGACAAGUUUCAUGUGUUUUAUUGGUGAAGGAACCUGAGGGGAUUUUUGUGUGUGGAGACUGUUUGGGGGAAAACUAGAGCAUGACUUAUAUUGUGUUGAAUAGUUCAUUUUUACAUGUCUCUCUUCCCAAGGUCUCUAACAGCUUGGGAGUUUCACAUGGGUUUUCUUUGCGUUCUCUGGUUUCUUUCCACCAUCUGAAAGCAUACUAGUAAGUGGAUUGGCUAUACUAAAUUGCCUCUGUAUGCGUGUAUGUGUCCAUAAUGUCUUGGUCAAUUGUCCCAUCUAGAGUGUAUUCCAGCCUCGUACCCAAUAUUCCCCGGGAUAGGCUCUGGAUUCACCUGAAACCUGACCAGGAUAAAGCGGUUAUUGAAGAUAGAUGAAUGCCCCAAUGAACGAAGGUGUAACAUUCAUUCACUUAAAUACUGGUGCUUGUGUGUACCUCAUAAAGACAUUGUCCAGUCUCAAUUCUUGGGAAGUUUGCACCAGACAUUGGGAUAUUUGAGAUGGUAUGUAAAAAGUGGGAUUAAGGUGUUUUUGAAUUCGAAGGUAAGUAAUGUGUUGGAAAUGGCUUAGUGAGAUAUUUGCUGAUGGUGUUCUUCAAAAGGGAAUUGAAUGAUGACGUGCGUUGGAGAAGAUCUUAGAUGAAGUUUCAGACACGGGGGGGAAUUGAAUGCAUUUUUGUCGUAGCAGUAGACAAUAUUGUGGUGUCAUAGAGCUGUCAUUUGAGUGGACUUUAGAAAAGGAUCUGAUUAGAGUUCUGGUUGUGUUGUAAUUUAACAAGCGUCUGUUGUUUUUUCGGCAUUGACAGGGAUGGGUCAUGCUUUGACCAUGAGGAAAUCAUAAGGAAUUCAGUGUUGGAUUGCUCAGGAUGCACGUUAAGAGUUUUUCUCCUUGAGAACUGGAGUGGUGCUUUUGUGGAGGACAAGACAAGGGAUCAAGUAAUCUUGUUACUAAAAGCAGGAAAUAAGCCGUGCUGUUGUGUGUGCCAACAUGGCGGUGGUCAUCCGCUUACAGGGACUUAGAAUCACAGCUGGUUCUGAGGACAUUCGCAAUUUCUUCACUGGCCUUAGAAUACCCAAUGGUGGGGUUCAUAUAAUUGGCGGAGAACUUGAGGAGGCGUUCAUAAUUUUUGCAUCCGACGAAGAUGCAAGACGAGCGAUGACUCGCUCAGGAGGAUGCAUUAAGGGCUCUCCAGUCAACUUGCUUUUGAGUAGCAGGUCAGAGAUGCAGAAGGUUCUUGAGGAAAGCACGAGAAAAUCAGAAGCGAAUAACAGGAGGAAUUACAAGGAGGUUGUCAAAAGACCAGCAGUCGAAGGAAGAUCCACGUCACUGCAUGAGGACGUGAAAGUAGAUAUACGAAGAGGAGAUAAUCAAAACAUGGGAAACAGGCCUCCUGUAGCUUCACCUAAUGAAUCUCGAACUCAGAAGAAAGAAGGAGAUGGAGACACUCUCUAUUUGUACUUGUCUGGAAUGCCGUUCUCAGCGACGAAGGAGGAUGUCCGUGUCUUUUUUGACGGGAUACAAAUCGAUGACCUAAUUUUUAUGCGGAACAGUUAUGGAAUGUUUAAUGGAUGUGGUUUAGUCAAAUUUAGAACCAGAGAGGAUGCCAGUGAAGGUCUGAAGAGGGACCGAAAAUACAUCGGGCCACGUUACAUCAGAGUAAUGCCGGCUUCAGAACAUCAGUGGGUCAAGUCCGGGGGUUCGGUUGUAUCAGAUGUUGCAGCUCGGAGAUCUCGAACGAGAUCUCGCUCUCCAGUUCGACAUCGGUCACAUUCUCCUUCUAAUGAAGAGUUUGGUGUGUUGUAUGAAAACCUCCCAUAUUCAGUUGAAAAGCGGGAUAUAAAAGCCUUACUCCAUCCACUGUCUGUGACAGAUGACCAGAUCAGUAUUUUUGUGGAUAAAAAUAGCGAUAGGAGUAAAUCGGCUAUUGUGGUGUUCAAGAAUCUAAAGGACUAUUGUUCUGGCCUGGCUCACCACAAGGAAACAUUUCUGCACAGUGUUGUUUACGUGUCUCCUAUCUCUAAAGAAAAGAUUGCCACUAUGCUAGAACCUGCUGACAACCCAAGAGAAGACCAGCGAAGAUCCAGCAGGUCAUCCGAACCAACACAGAGCACUCAUGACUCUGAGAGAAGGUGCAUAUAUGUUCGCAACUUACCUUUCGAUGUCCGGAAAGUAGAGAUCAUGGACUUCUUUCAUGGAUUCCAGCUUUCAGAGGACAGGCUUAUCCUGCUCCAUGAUGAGAGAGGAACUGGGCUUGGUGAGGCUUUAGUCAUUUUUCAGACAGAAAAGGAGGCGACAAUGGCACAAUCUCUGAACGGGCAACGAUUUCUUGGAUCGGAGGUCAUGCUGAAGUGCAUCACCUGGGCUCAGAUGCAAGAAUUUGGUAUUGACAGCAUUUGCAUGCCUGAGAGGAACUCUCAAGUGAACACGCCAAGAUACGACAGUGAACCAAAUUUCCUUAAUGACCAAAUGCAUCAGGAUAACUGUGAUAUAAUGCCAGAUCCUAACUAUGCUCCUGGAAACAGUGGUCCAUUGGAUCAUUUUGAAAACCCUGUUGCUUAUGGAGGGGAGCCAUGUGGUCCUGACAAUAAUCAGUAUGGACCAACAAAUCAACAAUUUAAUCAGCCGACAUGCGUCAGGUUGCUCAAUCUACCCUCUAAGAUAAGGGUUGAUGAAAUUUAUGACUUCUGCUAUGGGUACAGAGUAAUUCCAGGGUCGGUCUCGUUGCAGUAUAAUAGGAGUGGAGCACCUACUGGCACUGCAACUGUUGUGUUUGAAAGCCACAGUGAGGCAGUCACUGCUGUCCAAGAAUUAAAUGGAAGACCCAUUGGUACGAGGAAAAUUAAUAUUGUGCUUGUGUAGACUGAGAGACAUUGGGUAUUUUUGUUUAGACAGCUGUUUAUAAUUUGUCUUUUUUUUUUUUUUUCUUUCAUUAUAUUUCUAAAUACUAAACUUUUUCUUGCCUCAUAAGUGAUAAUACAAGAAAGAUUGAGUGAAUGAAAUGAGCUUUUAUUCUUUUCCAAACUUUGGUAAUAGUUAUGCUAGUAUAUUGUAUUAGCAUUUUACAGUAAUGUGUGAUUUGAUAAACAUUUUUUUUCCAGAAAUGUUUGUUUAUUUGUUAAGUAAACGUGUAGUGAUGUUGAUUUAUGAACCACUGUAUUUUUUCCUUUAAGGUGUAUGCCUACUUUUUUAUAACAUGUACCCAAAACAAGGAUUCUGUAGAGUGAUUUAAAAAAACAGUAACAUGUAACACAACAUUUCCUGGUGUGAGAGUAGGUUGUUUUUAUUAUAUAUUUAUAUAUUAAUAUAAAAUAUGCAUAUAAACAUCCUGAACAACGUGAUAAAGUUCAAUGGAAAAAUAUAGAAAUAUUACAAAAGUCAAAUUCAUUGAUACUACUGAUUCAGGCAUAGCCUCAUAUUCUAAUCAGCCUGUUGAGAUGACCAUCUACUCAAACGGGGAUAAUCUGGAUUGUUCAACACUACAGCUCAAAUUUGCUCUAACUGACCACUAUAAUAGGAACACUUAUAACCCUGCUCGUUCAGGUUCUCCUUUUACAAUUGAUUGGCGAGUGUAAAUGGACAGAUUAUUAUACAUUAGCAUCUCUGCUCACAUUCACUGUGUUCAGUCUGGAUGAGGUUUAAGCAGAUCCACAGCCGCCUCCUCCUGAGCUCAAUCCCCAGAGUACUUGGAGAUGCCCUGAAUCCCACCAGGAGAUGAUGUGACCCUUUGCCUGCACAUGACCAGCAACUUCAUCAGGCCACAGAAAUAUAAUUUCCUCCUCACAUGCAUGAUCUUAUACGCAUGCAUUUAUGAUGCUGAAUGGUGUUCCAUUUAAGAAUAAUGUAAUGUGAGUCAAAAAAGGUUAGACAUAUUGUAUGCGUAACCGGUGCACCGGAUUACUCAUUCAUUUAUUAGCUUCGUUUUGUUAUGGCUAAUACAACCCCAUUUUUAUGUUUCUUUUUUACUGAAAUAAAUAAAUGCAUUACUUUCAUAUUAAUGCAGAUCAGUAUUAAAAUGGAUCAAGUGUUGUAACGAAGCAAAUAAAUGUUCUGGAUAUGAUCCACCCUUAUACAGAUACUGUUUCCUAUGUAGUGUGCAGUACAGUGCUUGUUCUUUUUUGAUUUAUUAAAAGU